AGCAUAUCUAACCUCAAUAUCUCCAAGUUUUUGUGAAGAUCAGCUCAUCAUGCCCGCCCCACUUUUGUUUCUCACGCUCCUCGCUAUAACUUGUUCUGUUGCAUGGGCGUCCGAUCCAAGCCCACUUCAAGAUUUCUGUGUGGCAGAUCCUAACAGUCCUGUGAAAGUGAACGGCCUAGUUUGCAAGGAUCCCAAGCUCGUGGAACCCAAAGACUUCUUCGGGAGUGGGCUGAAUGUAGCAGCCGAAAUAACCAACCCCGUCGGCUCCCAAGUAACGCCUGUCAAUGUUGUCCAAAUCCCAGGGCUCAACACCCUCGGCAUCUCUCUCGCCCGCAUUGACUUCGCCCCAUGGGGCAUCAACGCUCCCCACACGCACCCUCGCGCCUCCGAGAUCUUGACAGUCCUCGAAGGCACGCUCCUGGUUGGCUUCGUCACCUCCAACCCGGAAAACCGUCUCAUAACCAAGACGUUGAACAAGGGCGACGUGUUCGUGUUCCCUGUGGGCCUAAUUCACUUCCAACAGAACAUCGGGUAUGGCCCUGCAGUCGCCCUUGCAGCUUUGAGCAGCCAAAACCCAGGUGUUGUUACCAUUGCAAAUGCAGUGUUUGGAUCAAAGCCGGACAUCUCCACUGAUAUCCUUGCAAAGGCCUUCCAAACCGAUCCCGCUAUUAUAGCCGACAUUCAGGCCAAGUUUUAGACAGUAUCAGGGUGUGGUUUUGGGUGUGUUCUGUUCUGAUUUCAUGUUUUAGUUGUCUUGUUUUCAGUUUGGCUACUUGUCUUAAUAUAAUAAUGUGCAAGAUUCUUCAUUUGAAAGUAUAAUGUAAUUUAACGUUAUUUAUUUAAA